UUAAUUCGAGAGAUCUUUCUUUCUCUUCUCUUGUAGCCUUCGUUCUCAUAGCUAGAGUUCUCUUUGUGCUCUGCCUGAGGAAGCCCGGCCCCCAAGAGCUAAUAAGAAGAACACAAAUUAAUCGUAGGAACUAAAUUCCUUCCCUGACAUCAAGAAGAAGAGUUCGCUCUAUUCAGGAGAAGUACUGGAGGAAACAAGACGGAAAAUCCAGUUAUGGGAUAUUGCGCCUGAGAGCAAAACCGGAGAGAUGACAUGGUGCAAUGAUUCAGACGAUGAGAGGGCUCUUCAGAUAAUCACGUCUACUACUCCACAAGAGAGCAGUGUUGAUCUCGAGACGAAAACGGAUGAGGUUCGGACCAUAACAUGCCCAUCAUGUGGCCAUGACAUCGAAUUCCAAGAUCAGACGGGAAUUCAUGAUUUACCGGGACUACCAGCGGGGGUUAAGUUUGAUCCGACAGACCAUGAGAUUCUUGAACAUUUAGAGGCAAAGGUGCUGUCUGAUACGCGGAAGCUUCAUCCUCUUAUUGAUGAAUUCAUCCCUACGCUUGAGGGAGAGAAUGGAAUUUGCUAUACUCACCCGGAAAAGUUGCCAGGAGUCAGCAAAGAUGGCCAAAUCCGUCACUUCUUUCAUCGACCCUCAAAGGCAUACACGACUGGAACUAGGAAACGCAGGAAGGUCCACACUGAUGAAGAUGGGAGCGAAACCAGAUGGCAUAAAACAGGUAAGACUCGGCCAGUUUUUACUGGGGGUGCAGUUAAAGGGUUCAAAAAGAUCCUAGUUCUCUACACCAACUAUGGCAGACAAAGAAAGCCUGAGAAAACAAACUGGGUGAUGCACCAAUACCAUCUCGGCAAUAAUGAGGAAGAAAAAGACGGGGAAUUAGUGGUUUCGAAGGUUUUUUACCAAACCCAGCCUAGACAAUGUGGUUCGAGUAUCAAGGAUUCGUUUGACACACGCUUGAUCAAGAACCAAAGUGCGCAUGAUAACAGUCUUUUACCUAAGGAUGCUGCCCUUGUGGGGUACGACAAUCCUUCUUAUAUCAACUAUGACCAAGGGGGCCAUAAUAGGGAAAUCACACCACAACUAAUUCCCAACUUUGUUGUCCAAGGUGACGGGUCUUCGUUUUUUCGAUUAGCUGCAGAUACAAGCAAAGGAAAAUUCGAGAGAAAAUAGUGAAUAUAUAUUGGAUGAGAUCAUAGCAAUCAUGACAACUACUCCUAAUAUGGCUGCUGCUAUCAAUAUUACUUUAUAAUAUUAGCCUCAAAUAAGUUAUUAGAUUGAGAUUUCAAUGUGAAAAGCUGGGAUCCAAGGCCAUCAUCAAUAAGCUAAAUGGAUUCCGAAACAUGGGGAUAGAAGAUUAAUUUGACCAUAAGUAGCUAGCAGUACUACUGUUCUUGAAGUUCUUUUGUGCAGGGAAGGAAUGUACUAUUGGGGUUCUAUUUUUCGAACUGUACAGAUCGAGGUGCAUGCAUGCUUCAUUGCUUCCUGCUGCAGCGAACAUGCAUGCAUUCAUACGUUACUAUGAUACAGGUUUUAGUUUCAUCAAUAUUACGUUCAUGAUCUAUAUAUACGGUUUGUUCUUUUCA